CGUCGAUACAUCGCCAACCACGUUCCAUCAAAUUAAUCUUAGUCCUCAGGGCGAGCCAACGCAAGGAACCCUGAAUCACCAUCUUAAUCUUUCCUAAACAUACACCUCGGUUUUAAUCUUCAAUAUGUCUGAAAGCGCUGCCUGGCCCCUUGCUGAUCAGAAGCUCGAGCAGGAGCUUCUCGAUCUUGUCCAGUCUUCUCAGCAUGCUCGCCAGCUGAAGAAGGGUGCCAACGAGGCCACCAAGACCCUGAACCGUGGUGUUUCUGAGCUUGUCGUCCUCGCCGCCGAUACUCAGCCUCUUGCCAUUCUCCUCCACCUCCCUCUUCUCUGCGAAGACAAGAACGUCCCCUACGUUUAUGUCAGCAGCAAGAUGCACCUCGGCCGUGCCUGUGGUGUUAGCCGUGCCGUCAUUGCUGCUAGCAUCACCAGCAACGACGCCAGCGAGCUUGCCGGCCAGAUCCGAGCCAUGCGCGACAAGGUCGAGCGCCUCGCUAUCUAAGAUACCCAACGAGUCGAGGAGGAAAGCAAAAGAUGGAAAGCUUUUUCGUCUGGCAGCCGGCUCUUAACGGCUGUUUAUUGCAGCUUAGAUAUGUUGCUGAGUUUUGAUAACUCCAGCUCGGUCAUAUGGUGCAACAAUUGGUGUAUGAAAUUGGGCCUUUGGGUAGAAUAGUAAUAUCAUCAACUGUCUCGACGAACGCUAAA